CGGGACGGUUAAUUUAAGGAAAACACGAUAAGAAGAUGGAUGAGAUUCUAAAACUCAUUGUACUGUUGAUGGUCAACAUCGCUGUUUGUGGUAAAGUAGUAAACAAGAGCACUAUAGAGAAGCCACGAAUCUAUUUUCUUCAUGUGAAUUCGGAAAUAAAAUAUAGAUUCUCAAAAACAGUCAUCACAAGCAAAGUUGUUAAUUCUGGGGAAGGGGCAUCCGAAGCUUUCUAUGACGUCACACUUCCAAACGAAGCUUUUAUAACAUCUUUCAAAGUCAUAAUCAAUGGUACCGAAUACAAUGGUCAAGUUAAAGAGAAAACUCAAGCAAAGCAGGAAUAUGACAAAGCCAAGUCACGAGGGCAGAGUGCUGGUCAUAUAGUUACAAAACCGAGAGAUUCCAAUAAAUUCCAGGUUCAAAUACACGUUGCUGCCGCCGAAAAGGUGACGUUCGAAUUAAUUUACCGGGAACUUUUACUCAGAAGACUGGGGAGGUAUGAACAGUUGAUUUACAUAGAUCCUGGGCAAACUGUGGACGACUUUCAAGUUGAGGUUACUAUUGAGGAAUAUAGGAAUAUAACAUUAGUUAAUGUACCGCCUAUACGGAACGACAAAUUGACGGAUAAAAAGAAAGGACAAAACAAAGACGCAGACAUUGUACGCCUCUCUCCAACUCAAGUGAAGAUUUCCUACUCGCUGACAAAGUCACAACAAGAGAUCUUGUCUGAACAAGGGAUAUCCGGACAAUUCGUAGUCCAAUAUGACGUUGAGAGAGAGAAGAAUGCUGGAGAAGUUUUGGUUAUGGAUGGUUAUUUUCUCCAUUUUCUGGCACCAGAUGGACAGGACCCCAUGCCCAUGGACAUUGCUUUCGUCUUGGACAGAAGUGGGUCAAUGAAAGGAAAGAAAAUGAAACAACAAAAAACCCUGUUAAAAGUCCUAGGCGAUAUAAGUUCAAACGAUAGGUUUACGCUUAUAGCCUUUGAUAAUAGGUUAAAGUUUUGGCGAAGAGAAUUAUCUCAAGCGACGAUUACUAACUUAGCAGAUGCAAAACAGUUCAUUCAGAACACCGAUGCAGACGGAAUGACAGACAUCAAUUUGGCUGUGAUUGAAGGUUUAAAACUACUGUCUAAAAAUACUCAAGAAACCAGAGCCCCGAUCUUAGUUUUCCUCACUGACGGAGAACCUACCUCCGGCGUCACCAAAACCAAAAGAAUUCUUGAGAAUAUCAAAAAGUUCAACGACGCUGACAUUCCAAUUUUUAGUCUUGCAUUUGGUCGAGAUGCAGACUACGAUUUUACCAAGAAAAUCGCCGCCCAAAAUGACGGUCUUGGUAAAAGAAUAUACGAGGAUUCGGACGCCGAUCUGCAAAUUGCAGGGUUUUACCGAGAAAUUUCAACGGUUCUUAUGAGAAACAUAUCUUUCAAAUAUGUUGAUGGUUUUUUAAAUGAGACUUCUUUGACACAGACCAAUUUUAACAUAUUUUUUGAGGGAUCGGAAUUGGUUGUCGCCGGAGAGGUAGAAGAUGUGUCAAAAUUACAAUCUGGAAUCGAAGUAUUCGCUACAGGACUAAACAGCUUCCAGCUGACACUGGAGAGAUCUGCAAUUUGUUUUUUGCCGCCACCACGUCAAGUUCUUCCUAUUCCACCAUAUCCGACUCUACAACCCCAACCAAAACACCCAAACGUGAUGGAAAAUCUGUGGGCAUAUCUGACCAUUAAACAACUGAUUCGUAAGAAAGACGGUAUUGAUGACAAAGAGGAGAUCUCUGACAUUGGAAAGAAAAUCUUGGACAUGUCUUUGAAGUAUCGAUUUGUUACCCCUCUAACAUCAAUGGUUGUUACCCUACCAGAUGAUUCAAAAUCUAAGAGUUUCUACACGGACGACACACAAGUGAAGUCCUCUUCGGGUUCACAAUUCAAGAGAUACAAUAACAGAAGACGUAAAACAGAUGUACAAGUUAUGGAUGGUGCUUUAAUCCCAAGGUCUCCAGUGGAUCUUGGUGGUACAUUCUUCCCUCAAAUUGCAUCCAAGUUUAAUACACAAUUAAGGAGGCUGACUAAUUUCAAGGAUGUCGGUACCGGUACCCGCUCUCAACUGGCAUCAAUAUUUGAUCCAAUCUUUAAUAGGGGAAAGUUCAACAACCCAUUUUCCAGAACUACCAGCACUAAAACUAUUUUACCUGGCACUACAACAAAUCCCACUGUGAAGACUCAGACAGCGCCAUCCUUCCUUGUAAAAGUAUCGAAGGUGAACAUGUGCUUUGACCUACCGUUGAAAAAUUUAAUGACAUAUGAUAUUAUCAAGAGGACAAAUCAAACGAACGGUUGUGCCAUGUUUGCAAAAUCUGCAAGCAAACAAAACGGGACCACUGAAACGUUUGGCAGCAUCAAAAUCGAAAAGUACAGAGUAGGAAGGCUACUGAAAACGUUCAAUGUUGAAGCAUCUAAAAACCUUCCAAGUUUCGAAUGCAAUGUGGAUGGUAUAAAGCUGGGCAUCGAAGAGGAUCCACAUGGACUAAGUGUAAAAGUGGAAAUCCGCAGGCGCCAAAGAAAACAUUAUGACGGGAUUCUCAGUCACUUUGUCAAUAUGAAAUGCAAGACAGUGAAAAGAUUUUCAAGAAAAGAAAAAUUAAUGGCAAAUGUAUUUUGCAGACGACGUGGAAGACCGACAUUGAAGAUUAAAGUCACUGAAAAAAACAUUGUUAUCCGGUAACACAUGCUGGUUCCUAAACAGGAAAAUGGUGAAUCUAUUAAAUAUUAAUCCCACAAACUACGAAACUAAACCAUAAUACAUGUAUUUUAUUGCAUGCCCCCUUAUACAAUGUCAUGUCCAUUUUAUUUCAUAUCUCGUUCUUUAAUGUUCAUUAUUUUCAUGAGUUUUGAAUAUGAAACAUUUGUAAUGAAAUUUUGAAUAAAUAUUAAAAGUUCCCUCCUGUGACAAAAAUUAUGUGUAAGGGGUAGGAUCAUCAUAUAAUUUUGAUUGAAUGUACAUGUAAAUCAGUAUCAUAAAGCAUUUAUAUUGUUUUGAAAAAAAUAAAAUUAAAUUUUUAUUACAUUUCCUUAUAGAUAUUUUCUCUCACGUUAAAGGCAUAAAGGAUGCACAUGUAUAAACAAUAAUUAUGAAUAUCUGUAAAAGUAUUAGUUUUUAUUGAUUCACUUGGAUUUUAAUUAUGUGUUUUAAUAUAUUUGCAAAAAAUAAUAAUGAAAAUAUGCUGUGAAACUAUUAAAAUUAAUUUUUGAUAAUUGCAAAUGAAGUUGUUUUUGUACGAUUGAUAUUAUUGUAAAUAUGUAAAUUAUCAAACACAACUCAAAUAGUUGGGGUUCUGUUAGUCAUAGCCAAAGAUUCAUAAGAUUGGCUGGCCAAUGUUCAAAUUUGAUUUCAAUUUGAUUUAUUCUUGCUUGAAUUUAAAGUGGAACAUCCUAUUUUGUGCAAA